CCAAAGAUAACUGUCGGUAUUUUUAACUAUUAACAGCGUUUCUUGCUUUCUUUACCGCCGAAGCUUUCUGCGUGUUCUUUUACCGUUAACUUAUCUGCAUUGUCGGAUCGCUUUACAUCAAGGAGUUAAGGAAGAACAUGAACAUUCUGGCAUUCAGCCAACUGUCUAAAUGACGAGCCAACCCGAACCGGCACCCCGGACAAUUUGUCAAACAACCUAUGCUUCUAAUUAUACUAACACCUAACACGAAUGGAAUUGUUCAAAAGCGCAUACGGUGGUAAUGAUGAUGAUGACGACGGACGAACCGGUCGAGUCCACCCUGAUGUACCUCAGUCACCAUCUGGGAGAAAGACAGAAGCGUACACUUCUUCACCGCCGAGAGCUGCCGCACGUUCUCCUCAACCUGUUAAACCUCCGACAACGGUAACAGCUCAGCCCCGUGGGUCGAUAGUACCUCAGUCCCGUGGGUCGUUAGUACCUCAGUCCCGUGUGUCGUUAGUACCUCCGGCCCGUGGGUCGAUAGCACCUCAGCCCCGUGAGCCGAUCUCGCUUCAGCCUGCUGGAUCUGCCAUGUCCCUGCAGUCAAGAAGAGCAGCAUCCAUUAAUCUACUUGGUCCACAGACGAGCAGCAUACUGAAUGUGGCUGAAGGAGGCACAGCGAAGGGAGGAGUAUCAUGCACCGAUAAAGUGCCUCAGAGGGGAGAAGCAGCAUGCCCCUAUAAAUCGCCUUAUAAAUCAAUGAGCUCAAUGAAAUUAAUGAACGACUCUCAGAGAAUGUUGGUGUAAACCACUGAAAGGAUGUUGUUACUGCCUACUGUGAAGGUGAACCGUCACAAAAAUAUGAGUUAAUUUUUGUAAAAGGUUUGCACAUGUUAACAUGAGCAAUGCCUUUAAUAAAUAGAAGAAAAUUCUCAACCAUUGGUUAC